UCUGUUCGACAAUGAUGAUUAAUGAAGUGUUUUUCUCGAGAAAAUCUUAUUAAAAUGUGCACAAAAUUUCAUCAGAUUGCUCCACCGGAUAAUCGAUAGUCACGUAUGUACCACUCGAUAACAGAGUUCGAUGCUUUCGUAUUUUUGAGCAGGAAAACCAAAACAAAACAAAAAAAUGUCUUCUGAAAACAGCAUUAAGGUAAUGCCCAAGGCUGUGGUCUGCGAGGAGAGCAACCUGCGCGGUGACAUCACCUUCUCCGCUGGCUGCGUUGUCCACCCCAGUGCCACUGUCGUAGCUGAGGCGGGUCCCAUUAUCAUUGGGGAGAACUGCAUUCUGGAGGAGUACACCACCAUCGCUCACCGGCUGCAGGCCGGGGCCAGCUGGGAUGCCAACAACAUUCUCAGUGUUGGAACACACAACGUUUUCGAGGUCGGCUGCACGGUGGAGGCGGACCGCAUCGGGGACAAGAACGUGUUCGAGAGCAAAUGCUAUGUGGGCCCGGGCGUCAUCGUGCCAAGCGGCUGCGUGGUCGGAGCCGGCAUACGGAUGCACACGGCCCAGCUGCUGCCGGAAAAUACCAUCGUGUACGGGCAGCAAGCACUGCAGCGCGAGGCGAUCGAGAAGCAAGGCUCUCAGACGCUGCAAAUCGACUUCCUCCGCAAGGUCCUACCCAACUACCACCACCUGCGGAAGCCCAAUUACGACCCAAAGAAAGCGCGCAGCGUCGUCUAGGAACCACUCAUGUAUUCUCUUGCACUCCUCUGGCAUUCGCAGCAUUAAAUUUAUCCAUUUCCCUCCCAAA